CUCCCAGCCACUCCAUACCGCUGGUGUCCACAGCAACGCUCCUGGUCCCCAAGUGUCAUCACUGGCUGCUGGGUCUCGUGUGCAAUGCAGGCCAUCAAAUGUGUGGUGGUGGGUGAUGGAGCCGUGGGCAAGACGUGCCUGCUCAUCAGCUACACCACCAAUGCCUUCCCUGGAGAAUACAUCCCCACUGUGUUUGACAACUAUUCGGCCAAUGUGAUGGUGGACAGUAAGCCUGUGAACCUGGGGCUGUGGGACACCGCAGGCCAGGAGGACUAUGACCGCCUCCGGCCGCUCUCCUACCCGCAGACGGAUGUGUUCCUCAUCUGCUUCUCGCUCGUCAGCCCGGCCUCCUAUGAGAAUGUCCGAGCCAAGUGGUUCCCUGAGGUGCGACACCACUGCCCCAGCACUCCCAUCAUCCUGGUGGGUACCAAGUUGGACCUGCGAGAUGACAAGGACACCAUUGAGAAGCUGAAGGAGAAGAAGCUGGCUCCCAUCACCUACCCACAAGGCCUGGCACUGGCCAAGGAUAUUGAUUCAGUGAAGUACCUGGAAUGUUCUGCGCUCACCCAACGGGGCCUGAAGACAGUCUUUGAUGAGGCCAUCCGGGCCGUCCUGUGUCCACAGCCCACACGGCAGCAGAAGCGCCCCUGCAGCCUGCUCUAGGGGUCUCACCCCAGUCCUUCACUCUUGACCCUCCAGGAUCCCUACCGAAGCCCAAUGAUGCGCUGAUGGGACAUGCUGUCCCCUCCCUGUGACGUUUCUUCCCAGACAGCUGCAGAACUUGCCUAUCUCCUCAGUGGAGGUCCCCUGGGAUGGGAGAAUGUUGACAGGCCAUGCCCUACCUGGAAUGCUCCCGUGUUCCCAGGGACCAGAGGGGAGCCCCAAGACUCAGCCAGUCAGUCAUCCUCACGUCAUACAGCGUCAUACACCCACCUGAUCCAGGCCUUCCUGACUUCCCUCUUGAAGCUUCCGGUUUCCACGGCCUCCCACCACUGUGUGUCUGCAGGGACAGGGUUUCCUGCUCCAAUACCCCUGGUCUGCCUUGUGGGCGUCAUCUCCUCCCCUGAACCAGAGGGAGAUGUGUGAGUCUGCUCCUCUGUUCUCCUUUUUUCCGAAAAUCAUAGAGCAAAUCUAUUGCUGUAAAUCUCUCGUCUGCCCAGCCAAGCAAGGGGCUCAGCCCACCCCUACCAUCUCUCAAGACUUCCUAAUCUUUCCAAAGGGUCCUGAGCUGUAUUUUCUUGGGACUGUCCACCUCACCCUGCCAACCAGGACCCAAACCGCUGCAGAUAAAAAACACAGCUCUCUUGCUUAUGCAGAAAAUAAAUAUAUUGA